AUGACACCGACAGUCACGAAUGAACAGCUGUACUGCUACGAAACAGACCAGCACGUGUCAUCGAGUGAGGUCUCGCCCAAUGCACCUUUUAUCACCCCUACUCGAGUGGACAAGUUCGAGUUUCUCGAUCGCCACGACGCAUUCAACUUUCGUGGACCUCGUUCCUCAGAUACUAGACUUUUCAAAGAUCAGCUGAGUGCACCGAUCAGUGCCCCUGCUAAUUUACGACCAGAACGACUGCAAGCGCUGGCUCCAAAGACUAAACCUCAAAAGCAGCACAUCUCCCCUUCCUCCUCCUCCUCAUCAUCAUCAUUGCAAACGCCGCCGUUGCCGUUGCCUCUGUCACCAGCAGCAGCAGCGCUGCAACCACAGCCAUUGCUACCAAAUACCCGCAAGCAGCCUGGACGGAAAGUAUCAGUGGGUGUUCAGUCAACACCCAAGUCAUCGACUGUUUUCACGAUUCCGCACAGUCAUUCAAUAAAGAGAACCGAGGAUUCACUACCCACCACUACCAGCAGGACACCUGCAACGGAGGCUGAAACAAGAUUAGAGGAAGAAAAUAGGCAGCUACGGGCCUCCCUCAAUGCGUAUGCGAGAGCUUUCAAGGACCACUCGAGUAGUGUUAUCAGCAUUCCUAUUGAUAUACCUUCGCAGCAAGUUGCAACAAAAGAACACCAAAACACUAACAACCAAGAGCCGCAUGUGUCUCCCAAAUUGCCAAUAGGCGUUGAGUCGACUCCCGUGCACCUGACGGUUUCCGCGUCACAACAGAAUCACCACUCGACGACGAAUACGCAUGAUACCCAUGAUUCGCCCCAGAGCAACCCCAGUAGUAUACAUGUGACGGAGUUGGAAACCAUGAUGAGGCUGCUACAGGAGAAGAAUAAACAAUUGCACGAAGAGAACCAGCUGCUUCGGGCAAUGUUCAAUAGCGGAAUGGUACCCGCCGAGAUGUGGCGCGGCCUUCUGGAGGAAGUGGCCAACCUACGGUUGGAACUUAAGGAACUCUCUAGAGCUGAGCGCAUUGCAAGCAUCGAAUUAGAUGCAUUGCACGUUGAACCUACCGAUAACGAAAAAGAAGAAGAAGAAGACGAAAAAGAUUCAGCAGCUUCAAAGAAUGCAGAAAAAGAGAACGGUACUCUUGAAGCUCACACAUCCGAAAAGACUUCUCCCAGUCCGAUUGAUGACGCCAUCUUGCAGGGAACUUCCUCAAGCUUUGUGCAGUUGGCUUCUCCCACAGCUCUGGGUUCACUGACAACGGGAAGACUAAACAAAAGUAGUGCUUCGAUAUCACCAGAGCUAACCAUUGACCAAAACAAAAGAGCCUCGGUCGAAGGAGGUCUCAGCCCUUCGUUGGCGGAUCAAAGUGCUAUGACAUCAACAUCAACAUCAUCACCCCCUCAUAACCUGGAAACAAAGAGACAACGUCUAUUUGGCGAGUGGAACUAUCACCUGUAUUCAUUUGAAGAUUUUGCGCUUUCACCUUCAGAUUUGGCCAUGGUUGACUCGCUAAGCCACGAGGACUUGGUCUUUCUUGUCAAGCAUACCAUGUGCACAUUUGUGAUGCCGUUGAGCAAAGACUUCGACACAGCUCUUGUCAGAAUCGCGAGGUUUAUCCGGCACUCGUCGCGAUUUUCCAAAAUGUCGCAUCGGUUGUUGUUUCCCCGCAGCAGCGAGUUGAGCUGCUCGAAUCACUUCUACGGAAGAGUCAAGAUGAGCGAUGGUUCUGUCGAUGAAAGGUUGGUGCAGUUGGAAAAUUGCUACGCGUCGAUGCUAUCCAAAAUGCAACAGGGCUUGCAUGAGGGUAGACGCCAGGGUACAUCAUAG